UAUAUAUCCCCACCAUAUAUAUAUGUCCGAGUGUAGAAUUAUCAUUUUUUUGUUGCCGAAAAACAGUGUUCCGUGUUGAGAGGCGAGGGCGCCAUCCUAAAUGGCAUUGCACGACCGCCGGGAGCGAGCCGAGCGACCAACGAAAAGCGAGAAGAGCAAGUGCCCGCAACCGAGACCGAGACUCCGCCAGCGACAGCGAAUCCCAGACUGUGACUCCUCUCCCUAGACGGCCAGGAGUCGUCGCCGCCGCAAAGGCGGCCCUAACCCCUGGAAGCACCCAAUUCGGUUCGCAGCCAGUGGAGCACCAUGUGCGAGGUGUGCGCCGACUUCCAGAAUCUCCUGGAGCUGUAUGAGGUGCGCGUGGCCAGCUCGGAUCUCAAGUUCCAGCUGCUGCUGAAGAGCGAGAUCGAGACCACCUUCAACUACAUCCAGUCCUGGCCGCAGCGCCAGUGCAUGUGCCUGUACCGGGACACCAAGAACUAUGACCGCUUCAACCUGGUGGUGCAGUCGCUCAUCUGUCUGACGGUGCAGCACCUGAAGCACAUCGACCACCUGAUCGACAACUACAAAAGACUUACGGCCAGCGCCGCCCAGGUGGUGGCCCAGGCCCAACAGCAGCGAGAGCAGCAGCGAGACGAGGCUGUGGCCCAGGCUGAGGUAAAGGAUGCUUCCAGUCCGUCGGAAGAACCCAAGAAGGAGGAGCCAUCCGGCUCUUCUGGCGAGGAAGCCCAGGGCUCAGGCGAUGGUCCACCCAAGAAACCGCCGGUUGGCCCCUGCACUCCCCCUCCUCUGCCGGCACCCUCGACGCAGCACAAAUCCCACCUGCAGUACACCGAGGAGCCCUGGAUCCUGCCCGAGGUGGAGAAGCUGCUCGUGCUCGUGUCCAAGGUGUUCCUGCUCAACUUCCCGCUUUACAUCGCCCACAAGCAUGGCAUGCACUCGCGACUGGACGACCUGCAGGCCGAGGAGGCCCACCAUCUGGCCCUUAUCUGCGAUCUGCACGACAACGACCUGCCCAUCUUCCUGCUGCGGAACGUGAGCCUUUUCUGUAACUCGGGCGGCUUUGGCGCCAUGUCGCUGUGCUUCGAGCACCCCGAUCUGCCGGUGUCCACCGCCCACUCGAUGACCGCCGCUGUGUCGAAUGUGAAACUCUGGCUGAACUAUCACUGCAAUACGCAGCUCUUCGUGCCGCUGCGCAGCCGCAUUCUGCAGUACAUGUGCAAGCUGUCGGACCAGAGCCUUCGAUCCGCGGCCACCCGCGCCAUGGCCGACUUCGUGUGGUCCUCUAUGCGGGACCCGCUGGAUGUGGCCGUCAAUUUCGACACCGAAGGAUUGGCCCUGGCCUUUAAGUACUUCACAUCGACCACGCUGACCAUGCGACUGGCAGGCAUGGCCCAGAUCAACGCACACAUAAACCUAUUCAAUGAGAUCUGCACCACCGAGACGGUCAACGAAGUGGAGUUGUUUGGACAGCGCAUCGCGAACUGGUUGACUGAGAACCAUAUUGUGCAGCACCUGUUUGGUCCGAAUCUGCACGUGGAGAUCGUUAAGCAGGCGCACGUGCUGCUCAACUUUUUGGCCGUGGAGAACCAGAUCUCCGAAGAGGACAUCAAGCUAAUCUGGCAGGCCACCCAGCUGAAGCAUUGCUCCAAGACGAUCUUCGACAUCCUGCCGUCGCUGGUGAAGAACCUGUCCUCCCGUCCGGCCAUGCACCUUUACUCACUACUGUGCCGCAUGGAUCCCAAAGAGCACACCGAACAGAGCAUCUACAUCGCCUCCGCGCUCACAAAGCAACUGUGGACGCGCGACUGCUCGCGCAGCCAGAUGAAUCUGAUGCAGGACCACCUGCUGGGAUCCAAUGUCACCGCUUCCAGCUCCGACAGCGGCAGUAUUGAGGGCAGCAACACGGAGGACGACCACGUGGGCGCCGACGACAGCAGCAUCGCCAGCGGUGGAGGCGGCGGAGGUGUCGGCAACAAGAGCCCAAUCGAUGGAGUUACUCCAUGCAAGCAGGCCCGGCAUAGGCGGCACAUCUGCGACCCCACCACCGAAAAGGGCAAGCAGAUAAGCCCUGAGGAUAUGGCCAAAGUGGACAUGGUAAACAAUCGCAUUGUCAAUAUAAUUGACAACACCAGCAGCGAGGAGGAGCUGCAAUCGCGGGCCGCCCUGGAGCUACAGCUGCACCGCAGCCGCAAGAAAAGCAACAAGCGACGCCGCCAAAAGGCAAACAAGCAGAUUAUUCUACCCCACGAACUGGUCGAGAUCUGGGACGGAGCAGAGGAUGUGCCCAGCAGUGACGAGGCGGAUGCCGACGGCGAUGGUGAUGGCGAGGGCGAACUUCUGGCAGAUAGCGACGAAUGCAGCGAUGGAGCUACAAGUCAGUUGGUGCCCGCUGCCGUGCUGAAGCAUUUGCAGGGCGAGGGCCCAUAUAUCCGGGCCAUUGAAACCAACAUCAGCGAGCUGCUUAGCGGCGCCGAGAACGACGGCAGCUACUCCUCCCCGAUGAGCAACAAAUCGGAAAAAAACUUGGCUGAUUUCGAUGACGAGGACGUGUCACCUUGCGAAGAGGAGCUGGCCCAGUUGGUCAACUCCCGCGCCAAUUGUCGGGACGUUCCACCUGCUUUCGCCGCUGCUGCCGCCGCCAUGAUGGUGGCCCAAUCGGCAAUGGCUCUGCAGAAAUCCGGAGAAUCGAACGUUGCGGCUGCUGCAGCUGCCGUAGCCGCUGCUGCGGCGGCCACCGGAACUGCCCAGCAGACGUUGGUGGCGAUGAAUCGGCAGGCCAGCGUCGCCGCCGCCGCCGCUGUGGUGGCAGCGGCCAAGGCAAAGUCGGACUCUGAUGUCGAUCUGAUGGAAGUGGCUUCCGCAGGCAAGCAGCACCAUUCACCCAAAGCGAGCCAGGGUAGCUCUACGUCCGGCGGCACACCGGUGCAGCCCUCCUUUAAACUAAAUGAUGUCUGCCAGCCGGGCAACACUUUGCUGUGGGAUCUGCUCCAAGAUGACAAAAUUGGACAAUUGGGCGAAUCACUGGCUCUAGAGGCGGAGAAGGCGCUGGCCACACUUCUAUGCUUCAACAUGGACCGUCAACUGCGGACGAAGUUCAUCGAGGGCUGCCUGUACAACGUGGCCAACAAUCGAAGCGUUAUUGUCAGUCUGCGCCUGUUGCCCAAGUUGUUCGCCUCGUUCCAACAGUUCCGACCCUCGGACACACAUUCGAUGACGCUAUGGGCGGAGCGAAACCACCGGAUGAUGCAGUGCUUUUUCAACAAUAUACGCCACUAUGCGCGUCGCCAUGCCGAGAUACUGAUCACCCAGAAUGGGGAGCAACAGCAACAGCAGCUGGGCGGCCAGCUCUACUCCCACAAGACACAAGUCUCUGUACGCCUGCAGUUCCUAUCGUCGAUCUUCUCGACGGUGGGAUCGCCAAAGAGCUUUCGCCUAACGUUGGAGCAGCUGGACGCGCUAUGGGAGUGGCUGGCCCACGAUCCGGAGUGUGCAGACUGCUACUUCUCGUGGCUACAGGCUCAAGCCAAGGGCGGUGACCAGCAUGCUCUGGGAAUUGAGGCAUUGCAACAUUUAUAUCUGAAGAAACUCCCCGAGCUGCGUCCUGAGGAGUUCUCCAUGGUGGCAUUGGGAUUGUUCCAACAGCUCUGCAGCUUCGCCCGCAUCGCGAUGGCCGAGUACGACAAGCACAGUGAGCAGAUCUCGGCCAGCGCCAGCGCCGUGGGCAUGUACCACCUUUGGAAGAUCGCAUUGCGCGCCCAGAGUAACGAUGUCUCCCUGGCGGCCAUACAGUACAUCAACAUGUACUACAUGGGCCAGCAGUUGCGCCUCGAGAAGGAGUUCGUUUCCCAGUGCAUGGAGAAUCUAGUUCAAGCGGCCACGGCCCUGGAAAGCAUCGAUGACGAGACUGCCUUGAUGAGGGUACAGCGCGGACUGCUUUUGCUGAACACCCAUCUGGAUACUUUUCGGCGUCGAUAUGCCUUCCACCUGCGCCGCUGGGCCAUCGAAGGUAAAGGCAUUGGAUCGCACAGCAACCUGAAGAAUGAGGGAGCUGGUCCGCCUUUGCGGAUUGUGCUACAGCAGGCAGGUCUCUCUGAGAAGAGCCUGUUGCAGAUGCACGCUUGUGACCUAAUCGCUGACCUCAAGGCGGAGGUGUCCAAGUGGUGGGAGAGUCUGCAAACAGGUUUGGCUGCUCCGGUGCUCGGUUUGCUUCUCAGCGAUGGGCCGCUUCGCAUUAUCACCCAGGGACAGGAACUUACCUCGGAUUACGAUGAACGGAGCCUUGGAGAUGCUGGCUUCAAGGAUAACCAGAUCGUAUACGUGUCGUUGGGAGGACGCGGAGCCAGGCGAAAAGAGUCCAACUUGGAGCACCCGUCAAUGCUACCGCCGCCACCCAAGGAGUGUUUGCCUACGGUGCUGCUCCUGCAGCCGAAGUACUUCGAAAAGCUAUUCUGCCUGAUGCAGACUCUGGGAGAUAUGCAACCACAAGCGUCGACUGUUAACCCCCAGCACCACACCAAGGCACAGUUGCUCUCCCGUCGCGUGUGGGAUAUCCUUGCCAUGCUGCCUACCAAUCCGCACAUCCUAGACUCCUUUAAGGGCCUGGUCACGGACCUUAGCGAACUGGAGCAGCUGGAUGCUGCCGGAGAAGAGGAGCAGCUGGCCACAAAGCGCAAGCAGAUCAAGCAGAAAUUCAAAGAUCUUCUUGAUCCGAACAACCUGCAGAAGUUCAUGUACUCGCUGCAUAUUGUGGAGAGCCUGGCUCUAACCAGUUCCAGACGCGGCGAGUCCAACGGAAGCCUGUCCAUGGGGCAUCCACCGGAACAUGUACGAGGCAAGAAGUCCUCAAUGGGGAGACGGCGAAAUAGCAACGAGCAGCCACCGCCACCGCCGCCAGAAGCCAAGCAAGGCAAGGAGCAACUGUGUGAGCUGGAGGCCCCAUUGACACCCACUCCCGCAUCUGGCUUGCAGGAUGUUGAGACGGAGGCUAGCAGUAGCAGCGGCGGCGACAAGGAAAACCAACCGAAGCAACACAGCAAACGGCAAAAGAAGAGCGAAGCUUUUGAGCAGGAAAAGGAACGUCCAGUGGGUUGCUCCACCCCGCCGUCCCCUGCUCCACCACCACCUCCACUUUCUGUGAUGGAAAGGGGCGACAAUAAGUGGAGUGAGGCGUUCGUGAAGUGUGGUGGCCUUCGGCAUCUCUACGAGAUCUUCAGCGGUGGCCAACUGCAACAAAGCGCACAUCCCAAGGAGCUGGCUUUGAAUGAAUGGCGUCACGAUUGCCUGGCCAGUCUGUUGCGCAUACUCUGGCUUUUGGGAUUCGAGGAGCUGCAGUCGGCGGAUGCCCAUGUCCUUAUGUCACGUCCGCAUCCGUUUAUGUUGCAGUUGAUGGAGGUGCCAGAAUGCCUGACCCGUCUCUCAUCGAUCCUCAACGACGAAGUUCACCAGCAGCAUCAGGCGUCUUCGGCAAAUCCACUGGUAUUCCCCUAUCAGUUUCAGCACUUGCGCACCGGUUUUUGGGGCAGGGCGCAGCUCAUCCAGUUCGCCAUGAACAUCCUGGUGAGCUUUGUGCACGCCUCGGCUGAAGCUAGAAGGCUUCUUUGGGCUCAGUCGGAUACCGAUCACUGCCGUUGGCUGCAAAAGUUCAUCCUGGAGGAUCCUGAACCUGCUGUACGCCGAGAGAUUUGCGCGGGCCUUUACCGUAUUUGCUUAGGAAACGCACACAGCUAUCGCCUAUUGUUAGCUCCACUGCUGCACAAGCUGAUCGCCCUGCUGCCCUUGGCCGAACAGAUGAGCUCCGGCACCCAGCCCACGCAGUUCCUGCUAUCCGAGGAAGGCAAAGAUCCGUACGGACCCGCCUGCCGCGACUACUUCUGGUUGUUGGCCAGAUUGGUUGACACUCUUUCGCCGGAAAUGGUGGCCGAGGAGCACAUCGACAUUGAAAUGCUGUGCGAAAGCAUCUCGCAAAGCAUUCUCACCCGAGAAUAUUACGAGCUGCGUCAUGGCUACCAGGACGAUGGAUUGGUGGGACUUCUGAACCUCAUGUCUAAUUUAAUCAAGUACGACACCACCUUCAAGUACACCCCCAAGGCACUAUCCUUCAUUGAGCAGCUGAUUGGCUUCCUGUUCGACAUGCCCUCGCCGGCUGAUCGCCAAAAACCCAAGUGCAAAUCGGCAUCCUCUCGGGCGUCCGCCUACGAUCUGUUGGUUGAGCUGUGCCGUGGAUGCGCCACUAACUACGGGUAUCUGCAUGGGCGUCUUUUGGCUCAGCACAAGUCUGGACCCAAGCAGCCGUAUCCCUGGGAUUACUGGCCCCGGGAUGAGGGCAGAUCAGAGUGCGGUUACGUGGGACUCACUAAUUUGGGAGCCACUUGCUACAUGGCUUCUUGCGUCCAGCACUUGUACAUGAUGCCACAAGCACGAGCAGCCGUUUUGCGAGUUCCGCCCACAGCUGCCCGUAAGCACGGACCCACUCUCCUGGAAUUACAACGAAUGUUUGCCUAUCUGCUGGAAUCGGAACGGAAGUCUUACAACCCACGAAGCUUUUGCCGUGUGUACCAAAUGGAUCAUCAGCCGCUGAACACGGGCGAGCAAAAAGAUAUGGCGGAGUUCUUCAUUGAUCUGGUGUCCAAAUUGGAGGACAUGACGCCCGAUUUAAAGCACCUCGUGAAAAGGCUCUUCUGUGGCUCCUUGAGCAACAAUGUGGUUUCCCUGGACUGCGGUCACGUCUCUCGAACGGCUGAGGACUUCUACACGGUGCGAUGCCAAGUGGCAGACAUGCGCAAUCUUCAGGAAUCUCUGGACGAGGUCACCGUAAAAGAUACGCUAGAGGGCGACAACAUGUACACCUGCUCCCAGUGCGGCAAAAAGGUUCGAGCUGAGAAAAGGGCCUGCUUCAAGAAGCUCCCCCAGAUCUUGUGUUUCAACACCAUGCGCUACACUUUCAAUAUGGUCACCAUGCUCAAAGAGAAGGUCAACACCCACUUCUCUUUCCCGCUGCGACUGAACAUGUGCCACUAUGUGGAGAAGACAUUGAUGCCGCAGCAGUACAAGGAGGAGCGAGAGAGACGCCAGCGGGAGAACGAAGGAGCAGAUGCUGGAGGCGAUGAGAACGACAACGAAAAGGCGGAGGCCACACUUGACGCCGAUAUUGAGGAGUGCUACGAGUAUGAGCUGGUGGGCGUCACUGUCCACACGGGCACGGCGGAUGGAGGCCACUACUACAGCUUUAUCAAGGAACGCACGAAGACCAGUUACCAUCCACACGAGCGCUGGUUCCUUUUCAACGAUGCCGAAGUGAAGCCCUUUGAUCCAUCACAGAUAGCAGCCGAGUGUUUUGGCGGCGAGAUGACGAGCAAAACCUACGACUCAGUGACGGAGAAAUAUCUGGACUUUAGCUUCGAGAAAACCAACUCCGCCUAUAUGCUGUUUUACGAGCGCCGAUUGCCAGAGCACCUGCAGCGACGGCAUUCCGAGCUGCUAGUUACACCAACGCCCAGUCCUACCGUGGAGGAGAAAUCCGAGGCGGAGGAGCCCACUAAAAUGGAGACCAGCUCCAGCGAUAUUAAGGCAGAUGAUGAUGUGGAGGUGGAAGAUGAGGUGAAAGACAAGGAGCAGCCUGCGAAGGAGGAGAAAGAUGCCAACGAGCCCGCAGUAAAGGAAGAUAUUACGGAAGCCAAAGCGAAAGAGGAAUCUGAUUCGCUAUCAACAGAGAGCGAAAAGAAAUCAGAGACCGAUAAAAAGGCCGCAGAGAAGACGAUCGAAAGCAGUGAGGAGGAAAAGCAAGAAACAGCCAAUUGUGAUAAUCAUAAGCCAAGCAACAAUAGCCACAACAAAGCCAGCAACGAUCAACAGCCUUCCACGUCGAAAGCUGCCCAGAAGCUGCAACUAUUUCGUCCAUUGUUGAGCAAGGAGCUGGAGGAUUGGAUCUGGCAGGACAACCGACAGUUCCUGCAGGACCGCAACAUUUUCGAGCACACUUAUUUCAACUUUAUGUGGCAGAUAUGUGGCCACAUACCGCAGUCGUUAAUAUCGGAGGCGGACGUAACCUGCAUGGCGGCCAAGUUGUCGGUGUCGUUCUUUAUUGAGACUUUUAUUCAUGCCAAGGAAAAGCCCACCAUGGUGCCUUGGGUGGAGCUGCUGACAAAGCAGUUCAAUGCCAGCCAGGAGGCCUGCGAGUGGUUCCUGUCGCACAUGUCGCUGGAGCCCUACUGGCCGGUGCAGGUGCUAAUCCAGUGCCCCAAUCAAAUGGUACGCCAAAUGUUCCAGCGUUUGGUUAUCCAUGUCAUCCAGCAGUUGCGCGCCUCACAUGCCGAUCUCUAUCUGGAUGUGGAAACGGACGAGGAUGACAAGGAGUUGAUUGGUCAGGCCUCUUGUGUCACCCGCUUCAUCGGCUCGCUAAUCGCGCUUCUGGAACACGGUGCCCGAGCGAACCUGCGUCACCUGUCCGAGUACUUUGGACUCUUGUGCGAGUUUUCGCGCAUGGGUGACGAGGAGGCUAUGUACUUGCUGCGCAUCGGGAUACUGAAGAGCCUGGUGGACUUCUACCUGGGACACAAGCAAACGGACAGCAUAGACAUAAGCUCUGACAACGAAGACAACUCCUCGGACGAGGCACUGUCCGUAGAGAAGAUGCGUCCCGCGUCCCUGGACAAAAUGAUUGCGCUGUGUGCCAGCUUAGUGGAGAGAUCGCGAGGAACCGACUUUCGGCUGCGGCUCUCUCCCAAAGACUUUACUGCAAUCGCCGGCGGCAAGGGGUUUCCAUUUUUGUACCAACAAAUAAAGGACGGCAUUAAUCCGCACCAGACCAAGCAUUUAAUCCACGCGCUUUGUCGCUGGGACGAGCGCCUGGCCACCCAAAUCAUCGGGAUGCUCUUCGCCUCGGUGACCAAGCACACAGAGCUGUGCGCGCCCUUCUUCAAGUUGCUCACGCUGCUCACCGAGACGCAGGGCGGUCCCGUGGGCCUGCCUUGCUUCACCCAGCUGAUCCUGCCGCGCAUGUGGGACGCAGCCGAAUACUGUCCACAGUCCGUACUCGACUGGCUCUCGCUGCAGGCCACCAAGAACAAGAUCGCCCACGCCUGGAUCCUUCAAUCAGCCGAGCAGUGGCUCGAGCAAUUCCUGCUAGCCCAUGAUAACACGCGUGUGCGGAACGCUGCCGCCUUUCUGCUGGUGGCACUGGUGCCCUCGCAGCCCUUCCGGGCCAAUUUCCGCGCCCACUCACAGCACAAGCUGCUGGCCCUCAAUCCACACAGCUAUCGCGACAUUAACAGCGAUGCCCAGGCUGUGCUGCACCAGGUGAUUACGCUACUCCUGCGACUAUUGCGUCCUGCACGCGUCUAUGCGGAUAUCGGAGCCCAUGGCACCACCAAGCUGACCGCCUACUUCAACCUGCUCAGCUAUUGUAUGGUUUCAAAGACUGAAAAACUAAUGAUAGGUUCGUUCAUGCGCUCCCUAUGGGAGCUGUUUCAUCCACGCCUCUCGGAGCCCAGUGUUCCGGCCCAUCACAACAAGCACGCACUUCUAACCUUCUGGCACCAUUCGCUGGUGGACUGUCCGGAGAAUGCUGCCCAGGUUGCCAACUGCCCGGAGAUCACGCGCAACAUUGCAUUUAAUUAUAUACUGGCCGACCAUGACGACGCGGAGAUCGUCACCUACAACCGUUCCAUGCUGCCCGCCUACUACGGACUACUCCGACUGUGCUGCGAGCAGAGCCGAGCCCUCACCCGCCAGCUGUCCCAGCACCAGAACCUCCAGUGGGCCUUCAAGAACAUCACUCCCCAUCCCACGCAGUACGCGGCCGCCGUGGAUGAGCUUUUCAAGCUAAUGGCGCUGUUCGCCACCCGUCAUCCGGAUGCCAGUGAGCAGGAAAAGCUCGAUGUGACCCAGUUUAGGAGGGCGGUAAUCGUGUCCUACACCAGCAGCCUGGAUGCUCGUGUCUCUUGGUCCACGCUGAUCAGUGCUCUUAAGAUACUUGUGGACAAUGAGGAAGACCGCACCAUGGUGAUCUUCAAUGGCGGCAUUGAGAUGUGCUUUGAGGCGCUGCACACGCUACAUUCCAUGCAUCACGAGGCCACCGCCUGCCAUGUGGCUGGGGACCUGUUCGAUCUCCUGGGCGAGAUGCUGCUCCUACUGGCCACGCUGCGAACCCGCACCGACAGCCCGGCACAGAAGAAGCAGCAGCAGCAACAGCAGCAGCUGGAGCAGCAGUUGCAGUUGCAACAGCAACAGAUGUUGCAGAAACAGCAGCAACAAUCUCAAAGCCAAACACAAGCACCCCAGACGCCGCAGCAGAAGGAGAAACAGCUGCAACAACAAAUGCAGCAGCACCUGCAACUGCAGCAGCUGCAACAGAUGCAGUUCCAGCAACAGCAUUUCCUGCGCCAGCAGCACCAACACUCGGCCCUGGCCAAGGCACUGCCGGAUGCAGUGAAGCGGCUGGCUACGCUUCUCAACACCUUCAACUCGCCGGAGAUCAGUCGCAUGGCCUUGGAGGUGCUCAAGGAGCUGGUGCGCAACACCAGCCUGGAGACCAUCAGCAUUUUGGCGCCCAUCCUGAUUAAUUGUCAUCUGUCUGUGGCGAAUGCUCCUAAUGCAAUUGGACCCCUGGGACCCUACUUCCCGCGGCGCGGCGCAAAGCACACGCCCUGGCCCUUGGGAGCCAAGAACUCACCCCGUCCACCACGUCCCAUGGUACAGAUGUGUAUCGCUCUGGCGGAGCUUACGCCACGCGGUCUCGAUGCAGACUACGACGUUCAGGUUGAGUCCUUCUACAGGCCCUACCAUGACUUCAUCGAUGUCAUGAUGCGCAUGUGUGUCAACACGGGUACUCUAAACGACACGCUAGUCAAGCUUCAAUGCUUGGUAGCCAUUGAGUCCACGCCGCUGCACUUUAACUACUUCCCAAAAUUCUGGGUGGGCAUACACAACAAUGCACUGACGCACAAAUAUGUUGAGCUGCUGGUGAAGAACCAACUGUUGGUGGAGUACCUACACAAUGUUCUGAGGGACGAACGCAGCAUGUUAAAGGAUGCCUGCGUGCGCGAAUUUCUGGAGCUCUACUACCACAAGGUUGCCGCCCAGUUACCGGUGGCCCGCAUGAUCUACACGAUCAACUAUGGUAUGCACUCCAAGGACGACAUCGACGAGCUGUGCGGCGAUUUAUUUGCCAUCCGUAUCAUUGCCCAGGCCACUGGAGUGCCUGCUUCAGUGCGCAAGGAGCUGCGAGGAUCCCUAAGAGCACUGCAGAACAAGAGCGAGAGAUUCAGGAAGGAGUCGGAGCGGGAGCUUUUAUCACCGUCUCCCUUAUUCGCAGAUCCAUUUCCGAACAAGAAGCUAAAACGUGAUGCCCAGAAGGACAAGGAAAAGGAUCAGGCCCAAUCGGAGGGCGAGAAUGCCAACUCAAUAGAUGCCGACAAACCAGCAGAUGUGUCUAUGGAGUCCAGCGGUAACUCGGAGGCAGUAACGGACAGCACCAAACCACCCACUCCCGCCGGCAGCGACGAUGAGCAGAUGGAGAAGACGUCAGUUCCCUCGUCCGACGAUGAGACCGAGCUGGAGGAUGAGCUACAGCCGACGCCCAAGCGCAACAAAAAGGCGUCGAACAAGAAAACCGCACAGGAUCGCCUUAACGAGGAGUGUGAGAAGCGUUUAAUCACGCUGAUCACCAUGGAAUCGUAUAUUCAGAGCAUUUUUGCCAUCCUUAAGCGAGAUUCAAAUGUGCCCAGUGCGGGGGCCACUAAAGAACCCAGCGAGGAGCCAUGCGGCGAGGCUUCCACAUCGGCGGCAGCCGCUGUAAAGUUUUCCCGUCCCAAGGGAGCUUGCACUCCGCCCGAGCCGAUGCCCGAGGCGAGCGAUACGCGGUGCAACAUGGAGACGGAGGCAGGGGCGGAGGAGUCAUCAACGAAGACGAGUCAGACCAAUGGCAGCCAACCGACCGAAUCCCCGCCAGCGGCCAGUAGCGCAGACACUGCCCCCGCGAAUCCCUCGCCCGCACCCUCCGCAGCCGUUGCGUCCACGUCCCAGGCAGCGAGUCCUACACAGAUUUAGUUGUCAUUCAACGAUUUGCUCAGCAUUUUGUUUUUCGGCAAGCCACUGGACUGAUAAUGGGCGCCGGGGGCUGACCACGGCUGAGCUCCUCACCUGUAAGAAUUUUGUGGCCAAAGGUCAUUGUUAGGUACACGUAAGCAACCCAAGGUUGGUGCUAAUGGUUGGCUUGGGCGCGAACCCAGGCACACACACAAUCACACAAAUCAAACAGACUAAUAUUGGCGAUUCAGAGCGACACAAGCUAUAAGCUCCCAGGCCUAUAUAUCCCUUAUCAGGCCGAUAGAAAGUGCUAAAAAAUCUAUUUUCCGAGAAUAACAGAAACGGAAAGUGGAGACUGGUUCGGGGCUAAUAGAUACUUAGUUAAGCUUAACAACAAAUAGCAAUGUAACACACACAUUCAAGCCCCACACGCAAACACCCCCAUAAACAUACCCGACAGGCCCACAAUUAUAUUCAAUAUAUAGAUAUAAAUGUAACUAAUUUAAGACUACCAUGCACGCAACGUCCCCCGCAGAGAAGAGAACCCGUAAACGAUCCCCUUUCAAAUGGAUAGUUAAGAAACAAGUUUAAACAAUCCGAUGGAGAAAUUUGUUAUGCCAAAAAAAGGAAAGCGGUAAAGCAGUUGAAUUAGAGGCAGCAUUAAAAAAACUACAAAUUAAAUGUUUGAACGAGAGCAGUUGAAGAAGAUCAAUGAAACGGCUUAUGAGACGCUAAUAUCUAUAUAUGUUGUAUUAGAUCGAUUAAGUAUCAUUUAUAAAACGAUGCUAAGAACAUUUGCUUACCCUCUUUUCUCGCCUUUUCCUACCCCCAAAUGCACUUAAGCGAUACGUUAGAAAUGAACAGAUAUUAUUAUAAUAGAACUUAACGAAACAUUUUAAAUAUUGGAUGUGUUAAAGUAUGUCAUAAUCAUUUUCAAUGUAAAUCGCAUAACGCAAACCAAUCGAACAGUGUUAAGUUCACAUCCGAUAAGGAUAAAUUGUAAUGUUUAGAACGUAAGGAGUGUAGAGAGUUGUUGUCCCAGGUGAAACACAACAGGACAAAAAUGAUAACUUUAAAUAAAGUAACUGGCCAGCCCCAAAAAGGGUCGCGUAUAUUGAUAGGUUUAAGUCAUCACAAGAACAUAAGCGAUCGAAAUCCCCACAAUGUAAUGUUGAAAAACAAAAAAAUCAGAAACUAAAUCACACCCAAAACAAAUCAUGAGAAUAAUAAAUUUA